CUUUAACCAAUCCAUCCAAAUUUGCAUGGUUAAAAAAAACGCCAAAUAAAUAAAAUAAGUUAUCAAAAUUGUGUAAAAACAGGCAGGAUUCUUUGCUCUCAAACGCUGGGGGCGUGUCCACUGUUGGCUUUGAAACCACAUUAAACACAGAAAUGUGGGAAAACUGUGUAAAAUCGGUGUAACUUCACAAUUCAGUCUUUGUAACAUGUUUCAGCAAAACAUUUCUAAAAUUUAUAAUAUGUUUCGAAACAAUUCUCUGAAAUGACUUUACACAGAGAUUUUUUUUUACUUGGUCCUAAUCCUCUUUCGUAUCCACAUAAUAAACAUGCAAAUCUAAUAGAAGCAUUGUGUUAUAUUUUCUGUAAUAGGGUGAUUCUCACGAAAACUUGGUUUUAAAAAUGUCAAGCAUGAAAAUGUAAAAAUUGCUUAAAUUUACUUUUUUUCCCACCACACAUUGAAAAACAAAGUCUGGAGUAAAUGGGAACAUUAAUUUAAAAACUUUUACUUAUCAUUUAACACUUUUUGUAACAUAAUUUAAAAAAUUAGUCCUAAAAAAUCUCAUUACCGCAACAGUCAGAAAACAUCAACACUGACAUAUUUUCAAUAUGACAUGACAAACCUGAAAGAACAUAAUUUGGAGAUUCUGCACAUGCAUUUAAAAUCAAAGUAUUAUGCUUCUAUUAAUUAAAUUAACAUUUAAUAAGCAUCUGUUGCGGUAAUGAUAAUCAAAAUGUUGUGUAAGCAUUCUGACAAGACAAUAUUUCAAAUUAACUGUAAAAAAAAUGAUCUUACCUGGUAGCCAUCUUGAAGUAACUGGUCCAUGUGCUUGGUCACCCAAAAUCAAACUUUAUUUAAAUUCUGUAUGUGUGCUUAAACUGUUCUCAAAAAGUGUUGCGGAGGAUGAGAACAUCAGGCAUGGACACAUCAUUUUCCUAAUUUUUCUUCAUUAUUAUUAUACAUGAAUAUUCAGUAAAUAUUUUUUCUGUCAUCUAAAGUAGUCUAGCAAAACAUCCAUUUAUUUUUUUUCUUAAUAUUUUUGUGUUAAUUUGAUUAAAUUACAACAUAACGCAUGUUCAAACACAGCCGGACACAUUGCGGUAAUGAGAAUUUCAGCAGAAAAUGAGAUAAAAUUUACAAUUAUAAAUUCUUAUGUUGAAAUCACACAUUGUGCAAGGUAGAACACAGUAUUGUGUUAAUUCUGAUGCUUUUUAAUGUUACUAUAUUACCAUUUUAAAGCUAAAAUCAUUAGUGCCGUGGUGUUUCAAUGGUUUCGUGAGAAUCACCCGUAUGCAGUUGGUACAUAUUUUGACAAGACUCAUGAUGCACAUGACGCAACAAACACAUAUUUUGACAUGACGAGCAACAUGCAUGACACUCCGAACACAUUUUGAAUUUGCGCCCCUCGGAAGAGAGGUCACCGGCUGCCACUGAUCAGAAUAUGUGUAGAUGUUUCAUCGUAUUGAUAUAAGGGGAGUUCAGCAGCCUUAAAUGAUUUUGUGACUGUGACAACACUGACCUAAUAAUCUCAGUCUCUAAAGUCUUUAACAAGAUCAAGAGAUUACGAGUUUAAAUCUUUUCUCGGGCAUAGUUUAAAGACAUUCGGUCUAGUCUGAGUAACCGGUGUAUAUCGUCAGGAUGUACAGUAGUAUGUACGUGUUAACUUUAGUUGGUUUCACCAGAGUCUUACAAAACUCCAUCUUGGGAUGAGUUUGACUUUUAAAGAUGGACACCAGCAAUGUUCUUCUCUCAAAUAUUACCGUCCACCAGGUUUCACAUGAAGGAGAGACGGCUAUUGGUGUCUAUUUGGUUAUACUAGGAUGCCUUUCUUUGAUUGGAAAUGGGGUUGUGAUAUUGCUUUUAACUAAGGAAAGAAAUUCACUUGAACCACAGGAUUUCUUGACGUUUAACCUUGUGGUAUCCGACGGCAGCAUUGCGAUUUUUGGAUAUUCUCGUGGAAUCCUUGAAAUUUUUGAUGUGUUCAAAGAUGAGGGCUAUCUUAUUAAGACAUUUUGGACAUGCAAGGUGGAUGGAUUCCUAAUCCUGCUUUUUGGACUCGUCAGCAUCAACACGCUGACAUCCAUCAGUGUUGUCCGGUACAUCAAAGGUUGCCAGCCUCAUCAUGCUCAUCUCGUCAACAAGCGCAACAUUGGCGCGGUCAUAGUUGCAGCCUGGCUGUGCUCUCUGUUUUGGGCUGCUUCUCCGCUCUUGGGCUGGGGCAGUUACAGAGCUGGCAGGUACGGGACGUGUGAAAUCGACUGGACGCGAGCUGUUUAUUCUGUUCCAGUCAAGCUCUACGUCAUUUGCAUUUUCUUCUUCAACUUCUUUGUGCCAGUAUCUAUCAUAGUGUUUUCGUACGUGUCCAUCAUUCGCAACGUCAACUCCAGCCACAAGUGCAGUCGGGGAGGAGAUGUCAGCGAGAGGCAAAGGAAGAUUGAGCGGAGAAUUACGCGGGUCUCCUUAAUUCUGUGUGCAGCCUUCCUGUUGGCUUGGUCCCCAUAUGCAGUCAUUUCCAUGCGGUCUGCCUGGGGUUACCAAAUAUCCCCGCUCAACGGCAUUCUGGCAAGCCUUUUUGCCAAGUCAGCAAGUUUCUACAAUCCGUUUAUCUACAUUGGCAUGAGCUCUAAGUUCCGGAAGGACCUGCGGGCUCUGUUCUAUUGCCUCAGAUCCAAAUCAGCCCAAAGACACGCCCCUCCAGUCGCAUUGGCCCAGCCUGGUGAUGUGCAGCUCAACAUGGCCGCCUUUGAGGAGGCAAAUGAUACGGACGCUGAGAUGCACCGUAAUACAAACGAAAGCUUUCUGAGGGGAAGGCUGAGAGCCCUGAUGAACUAGAAAGCAGACCGCAGAUAUUUUGGAGAAAACCCAGCAACUUGGGGGACAGUUGCAACAUGACUUAUUUCUCCAAUCAGGAAUGAGCAAGGUGGAUGAAACUCAUACUGUACUUCUGGAUCCAGCAGACAUAUGUGACCUUUCCUUCUCAAAAAAGUAAAUUUUUAUGUAAAAAAAAGUAAAUUGUUCAUGCUCAUAGUUUUUGUCAUGCUGUCUAAAGUGUUUGUGUGAAGCAAUUUUAGGUUUUAUAAUUUUAUCAUAUUUUAGUAUGCCAUUAGAGAGGGGUGUCCAUCUACCUGAUCACUUCAGAAAUCUUAAGUAUUUCAGAAGUUUUGAUUUUGAUCAGUUCAAAUCCAUUGCAAUAUUAACCAUAGUUUGUUACUUGUUGUUUAAAAAUAUUUGUUUUCCUUUUACUAGUCUUAAAGGGACACUAUACUUUUUUGAAAAUAUGCUCAUUUUCCAGCUCCGCUAGAGUUAAACAUUUGAUUUUUACCGUUUUGGAAUCCACUCAGCUAAUCUCCGGGUCUGGCGGUUCCACUUUUAGCAUAGCUUAGCAUAAUUAAUUGAAUCUGAUUAGACCAUUAGCAUCGCGCUAAAAAAUAACCUAUUUUCCUAUUUAAAACUUGACUCUUCUGUAGUUACAUUAUUUACGAAGACUGACAGAAAUUAAAAGUUGCGAUUUUCUAGGCCGAUAUAGCCAGGAACUAUACUCUCAUUCUGGCGUAAUAAUCAAUUACUUUGCUGUCGUACCAUAUGGCUGCAGCAGGCAUGAUAUGCAGGGCCUGAAAGGAGUCCCGUAUGGUAAAUUUCAAUAGCAAGGGACUAUUUUCGGGCACUGCGUAAAAUCAUUGCGCACCCUGCAGCCAUGGUAUGACAGCCAUACCCGGAGAUCGGCCGAAUGGAUUCCAAAACGGUAAAAAUCAAAUGUUUAACAUUAGGGAAGCUGAAAAAUGAGCAUAUUUUCAAAAAAAGUGCCCCUUUAAGGCUUUAUUUAUAAAAUGCUGCUCCUAAAUUUGAACCAGGAUCAUUUCUAUAAAGGGCAUAUACAUGUGCAAAUGUAGGUACAGAAAAUGCACGUACGCCUUACUUCAAAUUUGCCAUCUAUAAAUCGCGAAUGAUUUUAAAAUUGUGGGCAGCUGAACAAUUUCAGAUCUCCAACUUUAAAGGAUUAGUCAAU